UGUGUGUUUUUUUUUUUUAGCAAAUUCAUUUUUUCCUAGCCCGAAUAUAACUCCCCCAUUUUCUUCUUCGACUACAGCGUCCCCAAAGUCAAUCCCAGUGGUUUGGCUUCAAAUCUCCUCCAUCCCUCAAAUCUCCUCUCUCUCUCUCUCUCUCUCUCUCUCUCUCUCUCUCUCUCUCUCUCUCUCAUUCUCUCCGUUUCCAGUCAGUCCUCCUCUGACCCAUCUAAGCCUCUCCCUGCUUCGAAAUCUUCCAUUGACGCAAUACCCACCAUUAGAAUCGACCAGUCCCUUCUGAAUGAUGACCCUUUUAUGCUAUGCGUCGUUUGCAAGGACCAAUUCGAGCUUGGAAUUGAGGCCAAGCAACUUCCCUGUAAGCAUCUCUACCAUCCCUAGGAGGCACGAUCUUCUGUUUUUUGCUGGGAAUGGUGGUAGCAGCGGCGUUCAGGGCUCAUUCUCUCCCAACCAGAUUGCGGAGGUGGGGAUAGAGACGGAGAUGGGAGCGGUCUCCAGUUGUCUAGUUGCGGGUAGAGCUUGUAUAAAUGGUGAAGAUGGAGGGUUGAGUUUAAGUCCCGGGGUCAUUGAGGAGGGCGAUGUUGCCAUUUCUGAAAAUUUGAGGUAUGAAACUUUUCAAUUUGGUUAUGAUGAACAAGGUAUCGAUCUAGUUGCAGAAGGUUCAUAUGGGGCACAAUUGAAGCAGAGAGAGGAAAUCUAUGUCAUGACUCAUGAUUGUCCAAUACAUAAUUUGGGGCAAAGUGAAAUAUAUAGAAAUAUAUAAUGAUGAAGACAACCCUUGAUGUGGUAGUAGGUUCAAUCAGG